UAGUGAUUUCAAGUUGAAAAAAGUGAUACACUUAUUUAUAAAUUGGGAUUGUAUCAAUUGAUGUUACAUGAUUUACUUUCAGAACAAGAAAAAAAAAACUUAUAUAGAUAAAUUAUUGCAUUCUAUGACCUAUUUAAAAAAGUAAGAUGUAUCAUGGUUUAGGGAUAUCCUUAUCAAUUUAGGAGCUUUCUCCUCUUAUUGUAACAAUUGAUUUCAUCAAUAAAGUUUAUCGCACUUUCAUCAAUUCAACAAAGAAAUUUUGAAUCACAUAUCUUCUUAUACCGCGAUUCUCUCUCGCUCUCUCUCUCUCCUUACGCUCUGCUAGGGUUAGGGUUUGGUGAUUGAAUUGUGCGGUGCCCACCUUGAUUUCAUGGCCGCUGCUAUUGCUUCCAUGACUGCUAGACUUGCGACUAGGCUGUCGCUGAAGGACGGCGAAGAGCCAGUGGAUUUAGGAAACCUACGAAGCCCGGGGAAAGAGUUCCUGGCUCGGAACUUCUACCUAGUCGGGAGAUUGAAUAGUAGCCGAGCGGUGGUUCUGGAUUCCUUCCGUAGCGCCAUCAGAUCUAUAUGGCGUCUGACGGGCACUGUUGAGGUUCAACCUCGUGCUGAUCGUUUCUUGUUUACGUUUACUCAUGAGCGUGAUAUUGCCAGAGUGAAGAAGGGAGGACCGUGGGGAUUUCAGCGGGCUAUGGUGCUCCUCAAUGACUACGAUGGCUUUUCUGACAUCUCUGCCGUCAAGCUUGACUUUGUGUGGAUCUGGGUGGAGGUGCAGGGUCUUCCUCCAGGAAUCUUAACUGAACCAACGGUUCGGUUGAUUGGUGAAACUAUUGGUGAAGUGUUGCAGGUUGAUCGGACUGCUUUGCGCCAAGGAUCUGCACGUGUGCGUCUUGUUCUUCCCAUUAAUGAUCCGGUUCGCCUGAACCGUAGGGUUAGGGUUUCCCCUGUGGAUAUUCUAACACUCCAGUUUCGGUACGAAAGACUGCUAGGUUGUUGCAGGCAAUGUGCGAUGGUUACGCAUGGAGGAGAGAGAUGUCCCUUAGAGACGGAGGAUGAGGCGGCGUCCCUCGAGGGCUCGAGUUAGCCUCAAACGGCGGGGCCUUCUCUCCCAACCCUUGUCUUUCGGGCCAAUGCUCAAACUACGGCUCCUCCUUCCCUUUUUCCGGCCUUCAAACUACCUAACUUGUUGAAGAGGACUGUGCAGAUCAGGUCUUUACCGGAGGAUGUAGAUGGGUCCCCGUCCGAAGGAACCUCAGCUCAGGGCCAACUCAUUGGUGUGCGACGUCAGAGAGAAGUAGAAUUACCAAUUGAGGGCAAAAAAGCCAAGCAUAGUCUGGCUUUGAUUCCGGUCGGGUUAUAGCCGGAGAAUCUCGGCUUUGAUGUAUCUACUGAGGGGCUAUAUGAGGUGUCCAUUGCCUCGGCUCCUAAAGUAUACAAGAAACGA